AUGGCCUCCAAGGAUUUGUCCCUGAAGGAGCUGUACGCAGCUCAAUCCGCCUCCAUGGGUCUCAUCAGCCGAGCAGUGGAGAACUUCAGUAAGCUGGGAAAGGCGCAGCGAACCGCAACCGUCACCAGCAGCAGACUCAGCAACCUACGUGGAUACUGGGAGAAGUUCGUCCAGCAGCACAUGCAGAUCCUCGCGCUGGCAGACAAGGAAGCAACUGCAAAGGAUGAGUACUUUGUCAAAGAUUUAUUUGUCGAAACAUCUUGUAUAUAUGAAGAAGCGUGCGAUUACUUUAACGAAUAUCUCGCGAAAUUAAAGCCUCCGCCGGUCGCGCAGUCGUCGUUUGACGAAAGUCAUAUUGCUAAUUCGCAGAACUUCGUGAACUCAAUUAAAUUACCGCAAAUUACAAUGCCGACCUUCUCAGGAGACUUUCAUGAGUGGGAGAAUUAUCGCGACUUAUUUCUGGCACUAGUAGAUCAGAACGGUGCGCUAACAGAGGUACAGAGACUUCAUUAUCUAAAAUCCAGUCUUUCGGGCGAAGCCGCCUUAAUUCUAAAGAAUAUCGCAGUGACAGAGUCAAAUUACACCACGGCAUGGGUACUCCUGAGAAAAAG